AUGGAAUUGGGAAUGCCCGCCAGCGCCAGCGGAAGCCCAUUUCGGAGCCACAUCCUGCCCCUGGCGCACCAACACCAAGGCGUCCUCCACGCGUUGCUAGGCUUGUCCGCCUGUCAUAUGGGGCUUUCGAGGGCCGAGGAGACGAUUCCGGAGGCCACGACACUCGGCCUUCAACACAGAGCAGACGCUCUCGUCUGCCUAGGACUCUUGCUGCUCAAGGAAGCGAGCCAGGGGCUGACAGCUGCAGAGGAGGAAUUUGUGCUUGCCAUGGUUGUACUGCUGGUCUUCCACGACAUCUGCGAGUCGGGUGUGUCUUCACACGGAGCACACCUCACGGGUAUGGCGUUCUUGUGCUCGAGAAUUGCCUCUCCCUCGGCCUACCCGCGAAGAACCACGGCCAGCAUGUUCUUUCUUGUCACGCUUGCAUGGCUGGACAUGCUCAGGGGCUUCAGCGGUGCUGAAAAGCUCGCCUACUCAAAUGUUGUACGGAAAUGCGUCCGCGAUCACGGCAGUCUCCAUCUCCAAACCUUCAUUGGUUGUCACCCCUCCAUCUUCUACCAAAUCGGCCUCACUUUGGAAGCCGCCAAAGCACAUCGCCAGGGUAGCCUCUCCACUGCCCAGUUUCAAGCCACUCUCGACGACACCGAGACGUUUCUCAGAGGGUGGGACUCGGAUCAGGCCGUGUAUCCGACCCCGGAACCGGAGUGGAAGCUGCUCGCAGACGCCUAUUGCCAUGCUUGCUUGCUUAGGGUCAUGCGAUGGCCCGACACGUUUGCACUUCCUUGCACCGACGAGCGCAUACAGGCCUCGGUUGUUGCCAUUCUCGACAUUGCCGCGACUAUUCCCAGGACGUCUCGCUUCUACAAGCGGCUUCUCUUCCCGCUGUUCAUGGCCGGAGCCGACGCGGCCUCGCUCCACCAGAUGCAUUAUGUCCGUCUGUGCAUUGACGAAAUUAAAGAGUCGACAGGCAUUCCGCAUCACGCCCUGACGCAGCUGCUAACCGACGUGUGGGAAGAGAGGAGGACGAAUCCGCGAGGGCUGCGCAACGUUCCUUGGAUGGAGUUUUAUACCGCCUUCUGA